GUUAUUUACCAGAGAGUUCCAGGGACUGUCCAAAGGUUCUGCACGGCUGAAACAAGAUGGCCUCUGCAUGGCAAAGUUUCCUAUCUGUGCACCAGAGGAUAGUGGACAAUGGGGACAAGAGGACAGAUCCCUGGCUGUUGGUCUACUCACCAGUCCCUGUGUCGCUGCUCUUCCUGGUGUACCUCUGCGUGAUCUGGGCCGGUCCUCGCCUGAUGAAACACAGGCAGCCUGUUGACCUCAAGGUUGUUCUCAUUGUUUACAAUUUUGCCAUGGUUGGCCUGUCAGCCUACAUGUUUCAUGAGUUCCUGGUCACAUCCUGGCUCUCAAAGUACAGCUUGCUCUGUCAGCCUGUAGAUUACAGCACCAGCCCGCUGGCAAUGAGGAUGGCCAAAGUCUGCUGGUGGUUUUUCUUCUCCAAAGUCAUAGAGCUCAGUGACACGCUCUUCUUCAUUCUGAGGAAGAAGAACAGUCAACUGACUUUCCUUCAUGUCUACCAUCACGCCACCAUGAUCUUCAACUGGUGGGCCGGAGUCAAGUAUGUGGCUGGGGGACAGUCGUUCUUCAUCGGUCUAGUCAACACCUUUGUUCACAUUGUAAUGUACUCUUACUAUGGCCUGGCUGCUAUUGGCCCUCACAUGCAAAAGUACCUGUGGUGGAAACGAUACCUGACGUCUCUGCAGCUGUUGCAGUUUCUGAUGAUCCUCCUGCACACGGGCUACAACCUGUUCAGCAAGUGCGACUUCCCCGACUCCAUGAAUAUGGUGGUGUUUGCCUACGCCACCACUCUCAUCCUCCUCUUCAGUAACUUCUAUUAUCAAAGCUACCUCAAGAAGAAGAAGCAGAAAUAAGCAGCAGUGCUGAAGCAUUACACACAAACACAAUGAUAUGAGCUGAUAGUGUUAAUGAAGUUUUUUGUAUGCAAUACUCAUCAGGAUCCACUAGGAGGCAGAACAUGCACAUCAACCGACUGUUAAGCCCUAUGGUCAGACAUGAACACUGAGUAAUCAUAUAUCUAACAUGAACAAGUUCUCCAUUUUGUAAAAAUGCACGGCAUUGUAUGAUUCAUUUAUUUCUUAAAUUGAGAAAUGACAGACAUUCAAAUGAUUGUUGUAAACAAACUGUACAUUUUAUACACAUAAUAAUAAAGUAAGUUGCUUUCUCUGCAUUAUUGCAGAAUAAAUGAGCCCAAACCCUCCUUGGGGAAAAAAUCCAAAAGCAGAAAUCCACUUAACAACAAAAUACAGAAAUGCAAACAUUUUUUCCCAGCACAGCAAAAUAAUAUAUUAUUUUCAACACUUCAGUCUAAACCAGAUCAAAAUAUGUAGAUUAGAAAGGAAGAAUGAGGAAGGAGAGGAUGUUUCAUUCAUUCAGAAGUUUUGUAGAGUUUGACAUUUACAUAAUAAAGCUGAAAACACUGCAUGUGUAAUAUCAGUCUGAUUGUACUGUAAGUGUGCACAUCUUAGCACCAAUGUAACCAAGUCAGAUUCUGUGUACAUUGUAAGUUCUUAGCCAAUAAAUGAGAUUGUAUUAUCAGCAAACUGAUGAUACAACGGUCAUUGGUCUCAGCCGAGACUAUGACGAGUCAGUCUACAGACGGGAGGUUGAGCAGCUGGUCCUGUGGUGUAGCCGCAACGACCUGGAGCUGAACACGCUCAAAACAGUAGAGAUGACAGUGGACUUCAGGAAGAACCCCCCCCACCUUACCCCCCUCGUUAUACUUGGCAGCACUUUAUCCACAGUAAAGUCCUACAAG